GGUGUCCAGAUCAUUGUCUUUCCUGAAGAUGGCAUCCACGGCUUUAAUUACAGCAGAAAGUCCAUUUACCGGUACCUUGAUUUCCUUCCUCCUUCCCAUUUACUGCCGUGGAAUCCAUGCGUGGAGCCAGACAAGUUCCAGGAUACGGAGGUUUCCCAGCGGCUCAGUUGCAUGGCACGGGAAGGAAGAAUGUUUGUGGUGGCAAACUUAGGAACUAAAGUGUCCUGUGAGCAUGUGGACCCCAAGUGCCCAACUGAUGGGAUGUACCACUUUAACACGAAUGUUGUGUUUAGUGACAAUGGCACACUGGUGGCCAGCUAUUUUAAACAAAACUUGUAUUUUGAAUAUGCAUUUGACACACCUCCGCAUGUCCAACAUGUCGUAUUUCAUACCUCCUUUGCCACGUUUGGCCUUUUUACUUGCUUUGAUAUCUUAUUUUAUGAACCAGUUGUGACUCUUAUUGAAAAACAUCACGUGAAACACCUAGUGUACCCAACAGCUUGGAUGAACCAAUUGCCACUUCUGUCUUCCAUUCAGAUUCAGAGAGCCUUUGCCACUGGGUUCAAUGUUAAUAUUCUGGCUGCUAACAUCCACCACAAAACUUUGGGUAUGACUGGAAGUGGAAUAUUCAGUCCAAUACACUCUUCAUACUACUAUGACAUGGACAGUGAAAAUGGUCAGCUUAUAAUCGCCAAAGUUCCAGUGGACCCGUCAGAAGAGCUGUGCCCAGGGGAUGAAGAACAGGUGUCAUGGGUGAAGAGUGAGACAUUCAAAGAUAAUGUCCUCUAUCCUAGUUCUGAGACAUGUCACUUAGAAGACAGAAAAGGACAUUGUGGAGGAUCAGCUUGGGAAAAUGCAUCAUUUCAUUCAGAGAUGAUGUAUGACAACUUCACUUUUGUCCCACUGAAUACAAGUGAAGGGACAGUACACGUGUGUGCUGAAGCGGUCUGCUGCUAUGUGACUUAUCAUAAACAGAAUACCUCCAAUGAGCUGUAUGCUUUGGGGGUAUUUGAUGGUCUGCACACUGUUCAUGGUCAAUACUCCCUUCAGAUUUGUGCCUUGGUGAAAUGUGGGGGUCCAAAUAUCACAAUGUGUGGACAGGAAGUGACUCAUGCAAGUAGUAUCUUGACCUUUCACCUUUGGGGCAGUUUCAGCACCAAGUAUGUAUUUCCCAUGAUCGUUACAUCAGGAGUCAACCUACAGUUACCUGACCACUGGGGCUGGAGGGAUAAUAACUGUUACAUGAGCAAAGGGGCAAUGGAGAUGGGAUUAGUGACAGCGGCAUUGUAUGGGAGAUACUAUGAAAGGGACUAGUCUCUACAUGUGUCAUUGGAGUGUUGCUACAGACUUAUGAGGAAACCAGAAAAUGAUUGAACAUUUUUAUUCAAAAGCUGUGUUUUUGAUACUUGUAUUAAAAAAAAUUAAAGUGGAAUUCUAGCCAAA